GCGGGGAGGUGCAGUGGGCGGGGAGGUGCAGUGGGCAGAGAGGUGCGGGGAGCCUGACAUCCCUGCCUCUGAGACUAGAGGCAGUUGACCGGCAAGUGAGAUACCUGGACGGAACUUAGGCCCUUAUUGGAUUUGGGUUUUUUUCGGUUUGCACGUUCUGGGUGUGGGGAUUUAAGAGCUGAGUUGACCAGGGACGUAGCCUGUGCAGAAGUUGACCUGUAACUUUCAGCACUAGAUGAACUGCAGAGGUGCUUCUGGCCCACAGGUCUUCUGUCCCCACUCCGUGCUGCAUCCCCCCUUUCCACAGUUUCCAGGAGCUGUGGAAGGAGAUGCUCUUGCUCUCUCCCAUGACCCGAGGUACGGGUGGGAACCUUUCCUCUAGCCAGAAAGCCUCCAGACCCUUAUUCACCCACGUUCCUUGGCUUGGAGACUUCCUCCUUUCUCCCAAAUCUUCCUUUUCUGUGCACUUUCCCCACUGGACUCCCCUCAAGCAGAACCUGGAAUUCCCAGCUCUGCUGUCUCCAGUUCUCUCUUCCCCGCACUCAUGGCGACAUCAGCUACCAGUCCCAGUUCACCUCUGCGGGCAGAGGACCUCCUGAGUGACUCCUCAGAAGCCCCUGGGCUGAACCAAGUGUCCUCGGAGGUGACCUCCCAGCUCUAUGCCUCUCUGCACCGCAGCCGGCAGGCUGAGGCCACAGCCCGAGCGCAGCUGUAUUUACCCUCUGCCUCCCUCCCGCCUCACGAGGGCUUGGACGGCUUGGCCCAGGAGCUGAGUCGCAGUUUGUCCGUUGGAUUGGAGAACAACUUGAAGAAAAAGAUGAGGGAGGAUGGUUCCAAGCAUAUCUUUGAGAUGGAAAGUGUUCGGGGCCAACUCCAGAGCAUGCUCCAAAACUCACGUGAUACAGCCUAUCGGGAUCCCCUUACUCCAGGUGCUGGUUCAGAGAGACGGGAAGAAGACUCCUUUGACAGUGAAAGCACAGCCACCUUGCUUAACACCCGGCCCCUGCAAGACUUAUCUCCAUCUAGCUCAGCCCAAGCCCUGGAGGAGUUGUUUCCCCGUUACACCAGCCUUCGGUCGGGACCCCCACUCAAUCCCCCGGAUUUCCAGGGCCUGAGAGAUGCACUGGAUUCAGAGCAUACACGCCGAAAGCAUUGCGAGCGCCAUAUUCAGAGCCUACAGACCCGAGUGCUGGAGCUGCAGCAGCAGUUAGCUGUGGCCGUGACUGCUGACCGCAAGAAAGACAUCAUGAUUGAACAACUGGAUAAGACCCUGGCCCGCGUGGUGGAGGGCUGGAACCAGCAUGAAGCCGAGCGCACAGAGGUACUUCGGGGACUCCAGGAGGAGCGCCAGGCAGCUGAACUCACUAGAAGCAAGCAGCAGGAGACAGUAACCCGCCUGGAACAAAGUCUUUCUGAGGCCCUGGAGGCCCUGAAUCGCGAGCAGGAAGGUGCCAGAAUACAGCAACGGGAAAGAGAGAUGCUGGAAGAGGAAAGGCAAGCUCUGACCUUGAGCCUGGAGCUCGAACAGCAGCAGUGCCGGGCCCUGCAGGAAGAACGGGAUGAGGCUCGUGCUGGGCAAAUCAGUGAGCACCGACAGUUGGAGACACUGCAAGUUGCCCUAGAAGAAGAGAGGCAGGCCUGGGCCCAGCAAGAGCGCCAGCUGAAGGAGCGCUGCCAGGCCCUGCAGGAGGAGAGCCAGGCUCAGCUGGAAAGGGAAAAGGGGAACUUGCAGAGGGAAGCCCAGGCCGCCCGGGAGGCCCAGCAGCAGCUGGCACUGAUGCAGGCCGAGAUGCGACGGGUAGAAGGAGAGCUGGAUACAGCCCGGAGAGAGAGAGACGCCCUGCAGCUGGAAAUGAGCUUGGUGCAGGCCCGGUAUGAAAGCCAGCGGAUCCAGCUGGAGUCAGAGCUGGCUGUGCAGCUGGAGCAGCGGGUGACAGAGCGGCUGGCCCAGGCUCAGGAGAGCAGCCUGCGGCAAGCAGCUUCCCUGAGGGAACAGCACAGGAAGCAGUUGCAGGACCUCAAUGGACAGCACCAGCAGGAAGCAGAACGAGAGGAAAGGCAGCAGCAGGUGGCUCAGGACUAUGAGCUCAGACUGGCCCGGGAGCAGGCGCGAGUGCGGGAACUGCAGAGUAGGAACCAGCAGCUGGAGGAACAGCGGGCCGAGCUGGUAGAGCGACUCCAAGCCAUGCUGCAGGCCCACUGGGAGGAGGCAAACCACCUGCUGGGCACCUCUACCCUGCCUGCCAACCCCCCAGCCCCCGCCGCCCGCCCCUCCAGCCCCGGGCCUCAGGAACGCGAGAAGGGGGAGAGGAGGAACUGGACUGUGCCUCCCAUGGCCGUGGCCCUAAAGCCUGUAUUGCAGCAGAGCCGGGAAGCCAGGGACGAGCUGCCUGGAGUUCCACCUGUUCUCUGCAGCUCUUCCCCAGACCUUAGCCUCCUGCUGGACCCCCCUUUCCAGAGCCAGCAUUCCUUCCAGCCCCUGGAACCAAAGCCAGAUCUCACUUCUUCUUCAGCUGGGGCCUUCCCCUCUGCAGCUGGAGCCUUCCAUCCGGAUCACAGAGCAGAACGGCCGUUCCCUGAGGAAGACCCUGGGUCAGAUGGCGAUGGCUUCCUGAAGCCAGGGCUGCCACCCCCUUCUCAGCUGGACGGCCUCAAGCAUUUUUUGCACCAGCUGCUGGAGACAGUACCCCAGAACAAUGAGGACUCCUCUGUGGACCUGUUACCCCCUAAGUCUGUUCCCCCGACCGUCCCAUCUUGGGAGGAAGCCCCUCACGUGCCACGCCUCCCACCCCCUGUCCAUAAAACUAAAGUACCCUUAGCCAUGGCGUCUAAUCUUUUCCGGGUCCAUGAGCUUCCCUCAGCCCAUUUACAGAGCAGUGGUCCCAGCAGUGGCUCCCCAGAGAGAGGGGGAGAUGGGCUCGCGUCCUCGAGGCAGCUGAUGGAGAUGUUACGACUGUACCAGGCUCGGGUCUGGGGGGCACUGCCUGCUGAGGAUCUGCUGCUCUACCUGAAGAGGCUGGAACAGAGCGGGUCUGACAGCCGAGGGGAUACUGUCCCUAGAAAGAACACAGACUCCCGCUUGGGUGAGGUCCCCCGGAAAGAGGUUCCCUCCCAGGCUCUCCCUCGCCGCCUGGCCACAGUCCCUAAGACUGAAAAGCCUCCAGCACGCAGGAAAAGCGGGCACCCUGCCCCUGGCAGCAUGAGGAGCCGGGCGGGAAUCUGGAGAUGAGCCCUGCCCUUUCUCCUCCUCUUCGUGCUCUUGUUACUCUUUUAAUAAAUGCUCGAUAGUCUGCGUUA